AUAAUAUUAGUAGUAGUAGUAGUAGAACCACACCAGCUGCAGACGACGCCAAUCCUAGUGACUAAUUUUUGGAGGAUAUAAUUGAAUUCACUCAACGUUAAAGUUAAUAACCAUCGCUGUGAAAAUGUAAUGAUUGCUUAUGACGGACAUUAAAAUUCUGGAGCCUGACAAUGUGGAGGUUUCUACAGUCUUUACCGAGAGGUGCAAGAACUGUUAGACCAAGCCAGUGCUGCACCCAAGACAGUGGAGAUGAUAUUGGGAACAACUUCUGUCAUGGACAAUUACCACUUCAGUCCCCACAGUCUUGCAGCGUUGCAUGCCAUCACACGUCUUCCACAGGUGCAAGAGAGCAUCGCUGCCAAUUGGUUCAAUUAUCCAGAUGUCUCUAUAGAAGACUUCCAAAAUGGGUUAGUCGGGACGUUAAUUCGAGUCAUCUUCAUUCAAGUGAUCGGCCUAAAUUCCAUUGGUUAUGGGCAGUCUCCUGUGAGACUUACCCACACUUAGCAGACUGCCAAGAUGAAGAGGGGAGAGAGAAAUGGAGACGCUUUACCAGGAGGAGGCAGCAGAUUUUAUUCACCAACUCCAUACUGAAUGCUGUGGGUUGGGGUUCUGCUGCUGCACUCACAUGGAGUUUAUAUCAGUAUUUGAGAUCCUGUUUCUUUUUAUAUAGUAAUGGCUCACAUCUAAAUGUAAAAAACAAUGUCAGUGACUGUGCUACCAGCUGUGAAGACAACGAGGGAACUAGUCAAGAGGUAUAUGAUAACAGAACCAGCCUCAAAUAUGGCAGAAAUGAAGAUGACAGGAGCCCAUUCAGUUCUUAUUUCCCUUUUUACAAUCUUAAAUCCUCUAUAGGCUUACAAAAUGACAGGCAAAGACCCCAUUUGCAACAUAUAUUUAUCCAAAAUGCAGAGGAAGGUGCAAAUUCAUUAAUAAAUCUUCCUAACGAACAGAAUGUAUGGUGUUUGUACUCUGAUAUUAAGCCACAAAUUGAAGAUGACAAAGAUUAUCUCCAAAGUCAAGUAGUGGAGAGAGAUGAUGAUUCUGGGUUCUCAGAAAGUUUAGGUCGUGUCAAGAAUAAUUCCCAAGGCUCAAACCAUACAUUGUUAGUGACUUCUGUGGGCACCCAAACACUUCAAGAAACUGUUUUAGAAGAAGAGGGUAGCCUAUCUGAUACAACAGGUAGUGAAUAUAGCAAAGCAGACCAAAGCAUAGGCUUGUGUAGUCCACCAAGUAAUAUUUGCCAAGGUCAGUUAAAAUCACCUGAUUUAGAAAUCAAAACAGAAAAUAGCUUGCCUUUCAAGACAGUUCCUGUUGACAGUUUUGAGAGUUAUCUGUCAAGUUCAGCUGAAAGUGAAAUAUCUGAAACACAAUCCUCAACCUCAACUGAAAUAUCCAAAACACAAUCCUCAACCUCAACUAAGUACAAUCAUAACACGAACACUGCUGAUCUCAAUGAUGGAUUAAAAGUGGUGAUUGAAGCUGGUAAGGAGGAAAUAAGCAAUUUCAGUACCGAGCUUCUGAGUAUCUUAGAAGAACGCAUAAACUAUUCUAUAACUCAUGAUGAUCCAGGUGCAGCUGUCCCUUACUUUCAUGCUGGAGUCUCAUUGGGAGAUGCCUCGUCAAAUUACAAUCUCGCUUUGUGUUACCAAAUGGGUCAUGGCGUUGAGCGAGAUUUUCAAAAGGCGAGGGAACUCUAUGAAACUGCAAGUCAUUUGGGCCAUGGUUGGGCAACUUACAACUUGGCAGUGAUGUUAAGUGAAGGACAAGGAGGACCCUGUGAUACUGUAAAGGCCCACUAUUUACUUGUUAAAGCAGCAAAACUUGGUGUGGAAGAAGCUAAGGUGGUACUUGAACGUAUGAAAUCAGAAGAUAAGAAAGUUCCAUCAACAUCACAUGAACGAGAAAGUUCUAUAACAUCAGUGAAAUCAGAACCAGUAUGUUUUUCACCCUCCCCGGAAGUGUCUUCAUCAUCAUAUGCUUAUUCCACCGGUGAUCUUGAUUUCCUGGAAGAUUCUCUAGAAACAAGUGUUGCUGCACUUUCUGAUCUAAGCAUGGCGAGUACAAGCAGACCAAGAUUUUACUUAGAAUAGCAGGGUGUGCUGAGAAAAUAGUUAAGACAGUACUUCCUGCAGUUAUCUCGUCUUUUUUUUUUUAAUCUGCUCAGUAUCUGUAGGCUACAUAGAAAAGACACUUCAAUCUUAGAAUAUUACAGAUCUUUGACAGCAAUACAGGCGGUCCCCGGGUUACGACGGGGGUUCCAUUCUUGAGACGCGUCAUAAGCCGAAAAUCGUCGUAAGCCGAAACAUCGUCAAAAAUCCUAAGAAAACCUUACUUUUAAUGCUUUGGGUGCAUUGAAAACUAUGUAAACUGCAUUCUUAUGGCAUUUUUCAUAAAAAAAACUUCAAAUAUU